AUGCUGCGGCAGCUUUCGGCGCGGCUCUCGCCGCCGACUACUAAGCUUCUGGCGAGGGGAAAUGCGUGGAGCAGGGGGAUGGCGACGGAACCCACGGAGCUAGACCAAAUCACUACUCUCGCCAACGGGCUGCGCGUGGCAUCCGAAGCGUUACCCGGCUCCUUCGCCGGUGUCGGCGUCUACGUCGAAGCCGGCUCUCGUUUCGAAACCCCUUCGCUACGGGGCGUGUCGCACAUCAUGGACCGGCUGGCCUUCAAGAGCACCUCUUCGCACACGGCGGACGCGAUGCUCGAGCGCGUCGAGAAACUCGGCGGCAACAUCCAGUGCGCGUCGUCGCGAGAGUCCAUGAUGUAUCAAGCAGCCACGUUCAACAGCGCGGUCCCUGAAACCGUCUCGCUGCUCGCCGAGACGAUUCGCGACCCCAGAAUCACCGAGGACGAGGUCGCCGAGCAGAUCGAGACGGCACGGUACGAAAUCGCCGAGAUUUGGGGCAAGCCGGAGCUUAUCCUGCCCGAGUUGGUGCACACGGCUGCCUACAAGGACAACACCCUCGGCAAUCCGCUGCUGUGCCCGGAGGAACGGCUGGGCGAGAUCGGCAGAGACACGGCGCUCAAGUACAGAGACGCAUUUUACCGGCCGGAAAGAAUGGUGCUGGCCUUUGCGGGGGUCGAGCACGGGGUUGCCGUGCGGUUGGCGGAGCGCUUCUUUGGCGAUAUGAAGAGCACGAGUCUGCCGGGCGUGAGGGAGUUGACGGGCAGCGAGACGAGCGAGGCCAGCGACACCGACUCGGCAGCUUCUUCUUCCUCGUACACGCCGUCGGCAUCGUCCGCCUCCUCCACAGCCCCUCGGCCGCAUUUCAUGUCCAAGUUCCCAUUCAUCAAGAACCUGUCCACGUCGGCGCCCCGUAGCGCCUCGGUGCUGAACAAUCUGCCCUCUGACACGGCCGCCGUCCCAGCUCACUACACAGGCGGGUUUCUGUCGCUGCCGCCUCGGCCGCCGUCCCUCAACCAGACCAACUUCACGCACAUCCACCUGGCGUUCGAGGGCCUGCCCGUGGGCUCGGACGACAUCUACGCACUGGCGACGCUGCAGACGCUCCUCGGCGGCGGGGGGUCCUUCUCGGCCGGCGGGCCCGGCAAGGGCAUGUACUCGCGGCUGUACACAAACGUGCUCAACCAGCACGGCUGGGUCGAGUCGUGCGUCUCCUUCAACCACGCGUACACGGACUCGGGGCUCUUUGGCAUCUCGGCCUCGUGCCUGCCCGGCCACACGUCCGCCAUACUGGACGUCAUGUGCCAGGAACUGCGGGCGCUCACGCUCGACACGGGCUUCUCGCGCCUGCAGGAAGGCGAGGUGUCGCGCGCCAAGAACCAGCUGCGCUCCAGCCUGCUCAUGAACCUCGAGUCGCGCAUGGUCGAGCUCGAGGACCUAGGGCGCUCCGUCCAGGUCCACGGCCACAAGGUCCCCGUCAGGGACAUGUGCGCGCGCAUCGAGGCCCUCUCCGUCCGCGACCUCCGGAGGGUCGCGAGCAUGGUUGUCAACGGGGCCGUCGGGAAUCCCGGCCGCGGGAGCGGCGCGCCCACCGUCGUCCUCCAGGAGGCGCAGGCGUACGGACUCUCGAGCCACUCCAUGACCUGGGACCAGAUCCAGGAUCGCGUCGACGCUUGGAAGCUGGGCAGGAGCUAG